GUAAAAUGCCAUUUUUUUGUUUUUUGUCAGUAUGAACACCUGUGACACGGUACCGGUAGACCGGAUAGGAUUCCGGAUGUUGCACCAAGACAACCAGACGAGUUGGUACGAAAUUCGACACAGCAAGUUUCGGUCGUCCAGGUUGAGCGAAGCGAAUAUAUUGUCACUAACGAACAUCGAAAUUAGCGAGAAUCUCCCUUUUUUUUGCCAUGGACUUCGGUGGUGUAGAUGUUGAUGUGGGUGUGGAAGUUGGCAGCGGCUAUGGGCUAUUUCUGUGGGAUGCAGCAAAUCUAUGGAUCGGACGAAUUUUGGUGACCAUAGCAAUUGUUGUUUUGUGGGAUUCAUAUGUGUCAAUCUUGGAACGGAAACAAAAGUAUGAACAGCAACCGCAAAAGAAGCAGCAAAGGUAUCGUGGAACACCUGGACCCAGGAACACCGACGGGCAGCUGAACGAAGACGUGUCGGUUCUGGAAACACCAAGAAAGGAGGCGUCGGAUCGAUCGGUACCAAAAACGACGAUGCACGACCAGGAAAAUGAAUCCGUUGAUGCAAGCAACGUUUCGACACCAGUUCCGGCGUCGUACUCGUCAACAGAAUCGGAAAAACGAUUGGAAAGUCCUACAGCUACAGCGGCAGCUGCAACAAGCGUCUCUGCUGCGAAAACAACAGAGAAAAAGAGCACGUCAGAAAAGGCAGCCAUAGUGGCACGCACCCAGGCGGUGCGAAAGAUGAAAGGCACGUCGAACGAGCAUCCCGGAAUGGAGGGAUUUUCGAACUGGUACGAGGUAGAAACCUCGCUGUUCCGGAUCUAUACACUGGCGCCCCGCGACCCAUCUGUUGUGACGAUCCCGCCCUAUGUUCCACACUCCCGCAGGGGUGAUGUUUCUAUCGAAUUGGAAGUCACAAACCACACAAACUACAACAUCCAUGUCUUCUGGGUCGACUACCACGGAAACCUUGUGCGGAAGGGGAACAUUCCCAGAAAUCGUGGUGUUUGGAAACAAUCUACUUAUAUUGAUCAUCGUAAGUGCAGGCGUGAAUAAGAAUCUGCAGGUCAGUACAGACCAGCACAUCCAUACAUUCGAAUGUACAAAUGCGUAUUUUUCCGGUUUGAUACUUUGUUAUUAUUCUAUUCAUUGACUACUGACUGAUAUGGGUCCGACAGGGCAAGUCGAGACAAUCGUCAAGUGAUUUCAUAUCCGAAAUUUCUGCGAUACGACACCUCAUUGCUUUGUUUCUCUCUCAACAAAUAUCCAUCAAAUUUUAAUCGAUCCAUCAUUCGAACUUGAAUUAUGCGUGAACAACAUUGUACGCUAAUGCAUUGCAAUGUGUCAACAACAUUGCACGCCGAUACAUUGCAAUAUGUCGCAUUUAGCCUGGGUCUUCCAAGACGCGGACACUGCGCAAAUCUAUUUAUAUUACGUACCCUUUCGGGCAAUUCCAACCACACCCGAGGUAUCAACGAUUGGUUCCGACGGCACUACUGCCUUGCACAAAUUUGCACUCAUCAACGAUUGGGAAAGCGCUUUUUACAUUGGAAUCCAGGACGACGUUUUGCCCUUUCCCGGAACCGCCCGAUUGCAAAACCCCCUUGACGCAAUCAACUGGACGCUAAAGCACAUGUCGCGUGCGAACACUACCUUUAAUCUCCUCCCCGAUCUUGAUACGCUCCAAGCCUAUCUGAUAAAUGUUCUGCAGCACCCCGAUCGCGUCAAAUACCGACAGCUGAGAAUUGCAUCGCCCAGGUUUCGAACUAUCUGGGCCUCACCCCUACGCGGGGUGCUAUUGGCGGUGGGCUUCGUUGAGGCAGGACCGUAUGCCGAAUUGGGAUGCGACCGACCCUUGUCGUCCCAGCGUUUGCAAGACGUGGGACUGUUGAGCUAUCUUCUGAACGAGUGGAAAGAGAAAGAAAGUGCUGCUUGAUGUGGUUCGUAGCUUCUGGUGCAAGCAUAUACAGUCCAAUCUGAAAAGGAGCUCCGCAAAUACGCUAGUGUUGUAUGUAUGGAGUCCGAUGCCUUUUCUUCUUGCUUUCCAAUCUCCCUGUCUACUACUGCCUCCGUCCAGUUAUAAUAGUACACUUUGCAGUACUCUAUUUUUCCAGAAAUAAUUGUCCAGUAUGCAAUGGCCCUAUAGAAUGUGCAGAAUAAGUACUACAAGUACUACAACUAUUGUGUCACCGUUCAUAUUUAAGAGUA